AUGAGCGUCUCUCGAGGUACAAGAGAAAUAGUUGAGAAGCAUUCCGAACAGGUGAGCACCCGCAACGACUUCCCCCCCACAAUUCGGUCGUUCAGGAGGCACCUGAUAAAAACCGAGAUUGGGGUCGUUUGAACAACGCGGCGGCGUUCUCGCUCUUCCGAGACUUGCACAUAAACGAACCGUUGAACAAGAAACACAUUAGAAGUGACUAUAAAGUUUUUGAUUUGAACAACAGAGUGGUGAGAAGAAAAAGGAGAAAAAACAAGAGAAUAGGGGAAGUGUUCAGAUAUUCUAUGUGAUAAACACGAGUACGUUGAGCAUCACGAAAGACGGUCCGUUCUGUCUGAAAGUGAUGAACAAGGACAAGAAAGCAGUGGCUAGAUUCUUGCGAACCGAGCCGAAAAGAUCAUACAAACAGACGGGGCUUGCCUCGUUAUUCGGAUGCUGCUCGGACACCGAAGACAAGAUGGAGGUGUUCGACGACGAAGGAGGGCUGAUGGCGACUUCCGUGCUCAAUCACGACCAAUUCCGAGGCACCGAGAUUGCGAUGAAAGACCCGAGCGGGCAGCUGGUCAUCAGAGUCCGCAGCUCGCGUGAUCAGAAAGAGAGCUUCUCUGUGGUCGGGAAUGAUAACCGUUUCCUGGGGGAAAUCCGUCAGAAAAUCGUUUCUUCUGGAAACUCGACGGAUAACUACAAGGGAGUCGCUUGUUGGUGUGAGUGUGUCCUCUUCUCAAUAGCGGCCCAUUUCGAUUUCAGUCUCUCCGGAAGCCUCUCUGGAUGUCAAAGUUUUAUUCAUGGCUGCUGCGUUUCUCAUUGAAAUUGACUACUUUUCCGAGAUGAAAGGGCGUCAAACUCCAUUCCACACACCAGAAGCAGACUGUAGAAAACAGGAAAAUUAGCAGUUUCAGCCUAAGUGCGUUUCAGAUCUCAAUCCAAUCAUCAAGACUCCACCGUAUCACGAGAGAGUGAAGAAUCCAACGAACAACUCAGUGAGUGCAGAGGAUGCGUCGCGUUCGUCUGAAGUAUUUUUUCAGAAGAAGAUCAAGAAUUUGAGCUCUCCUCUAGAAUCGAAAAGCAGGACGUCACUGAAAUCCCGGAAUGAAACAUGUCAGUAAACUGGUAAACAAGACAUAGCAUCAAAAUAAUUUCAGUGAUCAUGCCGCAAAUCCAUCACACGAGACAUUUCGAUCCCAUCGGAUCCGACGAUUCGUCGUUUGCGAAGAAAGAUAAGUAUGAGGACUAUUACAAGCAGACGGAAACGGUGAAAGAAGAAGUCGAAGUGAACGGAAUGACGAGGGAACAGUUCAAGAAUGCGGCGAAGAAAGUGGUCGAUUACUUGUUGAAACAGGAUGAAAAUCUUCGAACGGCCAGAUGCACUCCGGCUGUGAAACCCGGAUAUUUGAAGGCGUUGCUGCCGGCGAAGGCCCCGCAGAAGGCAGAUGACGUCGAUGAAAUACUGGAAGACUAUCACAAACUGAUAGUUCCGGGACUGUCCCACUCGAGCCACCCGAACUUCCACUCGUUUUAUCCCGGCGGCAACGCAUUCCACUGUCUUCUGGCCGAUCUUCUCGGAGGACACAUCGGAGACGCCGGAUUCUACUGGACUUCCAACCCGGCGCUCACCGAAUUGGAAGUAAUUAUGAUGGACUGGAUGGGCGAAAUGAUGGCACUUCCCAAAGAAUUCUUGCUGUUUCCGGAGGGAAGUCGUGGAGGAGGAUGCAUGCAGGUGAGAGAGAGGUAGAGAGAGAGAGAGAGAGAGAGAGAGAGAGAGAGAGAGACCUUACACUCGCAAUGAUUCCAUUCCAACUUCAGAGAUCCUGCUCGGACUCCAACUUUCUCGUCCUGGUUGCUGCCCGCACCGACAUGAUCCGGAGGGUGAAGCAGCACGAGCCACAUCUCCGUUCGGCCGACAUCCUCGCUCGUCUCGUCGCCUACACCUCUUCACACGUCAGUUUUGCAAAUGUUUCAAAUAGGGCCAGGCAGAUGUACUAUCGUACUAGUGUAAAACAAGGGUCCCUUAGAAGAACAAGGUUUUUUUUAAAGGGGACCCUUAUUUUUUUCCUGGAGGUCUGAGAGGGACCCUUGUUUUUGUAACAAGGGAACCUUGUAAGUGAUUAAAGGAACCAGCCUAAACUAACGACACAGUUCGAGAGAGGGACUUUCAAAACCUAUAUUCCAGUUUUCAAAUGCUGCUUUCGAGACCUUUGAAAUGCUGAAAUUCCAGUCCGAAGUUUGACAUUUCUUAACCACAGAUGUCGCACUUUGGUGGCGCGGCGACCCACUCUCACACUCUCGCCAUGCGCCACGAUUGUCACCGCACGAACUGUGUCCUUAGUCUCGAACUGUGUCGUUAGUUCAGGCUGGUUCCUUUAAUCACUUAGCAGGUUCCCUUGUAAGGAGACCAUCAAAAUACCAGCUGAAUGCCAGGAGUACCCGGAAUACCGAGCAAGCGAAGCCGCUGCCCCCGAAAAUCGUUUUUGAAUCGUUCCAGGCGCAUUCGUCCAUCAAGAAGGCAGCGCAGAUAGCGAUGGUCAGAAUGAGAGUUCUGCCGACUGAUGAGAACUUCAUUCUUCGCGGAGACACCCUCCAUGCGGCAAUGGUGGCUGAUGUCGAGAGAGGACUCAUUCCGUUCUUCGUCGCCGCCACUUUCGGAACUUCCGGACCGUGCUCGUUCGAUCACCUGCACGAGUUGGGUCCUGUGUGUCGGGAGAACGGAACAUGGCUCCACGUGGACGCUGCUUACGCUGGAACCGCUCUGAUUUGUCCGGAGACGAGGGGAUUGAUGAGAGGAAUCGACUGGGCAGACUCAUUCUGCACCACUCCGAGCAAACUGAUUCUUGCUGUCUGUGACGUUUGCUGUCUUUGGCAAGUUAUAUAUCUGCUUGCAAGUUGACGAAAUACUUGUUUCAGGGUGAGAGACCGCUACAAACUGGAACUUGCAUCCAUUGAAAACCAGCCGGAUUUGCCAUUCAAGGGAAUGCCGACGAGUCAGAGAGUGGGCGCACUCAAGAUUUGGUUCAUGAUCCGUUCGUUCGGAGUCGAGAAUCUGCAGAAUCAGAUCAGACAGCACAUAAAGCUGGGUCAGGUGAUGACGAAGAAACUGCAGAAAGAUCAGAGAUUCGAAGUGUGCAACAAGGUUGUGAUGGGACUGAUCUGCUUCCGAGUCAAGGCGACCAACAUGUUCAACAAGGCACUCUUGUAUAGAUGCAACGAGACGGGAAAGAUUAGUUUGGUGAGAAGUGAAUGAAUACAAGAACAAAAGAAGAACGGGCUUCUUGCAGGCGUCGUGCACUCUCCAAGGCAGAUUUUCCAUCAGAAUGUGCAUAAACUCUCCGAGAAGCACCGAAGAAGACCUGGAGAACACGUACAAGUUGAUCUGCAGUGAGCACGACACUCUGCAACGUGAGCAUUCUCAUCAGAGCUCUCAAGUCAAAACAUUCGGUUUCAGCAUUCCAAGACCGUAUCGAACUGAUGAACCAAGGGGAGCUCGAGGAAUUCCUGCUUGCUCCAGCCAGAGCUUCAGCCGAAGUGUCCCGUCGUCUCCCGAUCCCUAACCCGUUGCUCGGCAAUGCUUCCCAAGCUCAUUUGACUCCAGUUGCCUCCGAAAGCCUUGGUCAGUUUUAUCCAUCUACCCCCUUCCUUUCGAAUGUCUUUUCAGAUGCUUCUUCUCGUACAUCCACACCUGGCAAGUCCCCGAACACGCCUUCUACUCCAUCAAGCCGUCCCUCUUCGAUGGAGAACGUUGAUCGAUCUGAUAAAUGA